GGAUUUGGCAAACUACUUACGUUUUACAAUACCAUCGAUUACGAUUCAGGAAAUGGCGUUAAGGAGGUGUAUUGCCGGUUUAAGCCAAAUAGUUUGGCGCUGCAUGUCCCUAGGAUAAUCGACAAUUGUUAUAAUCAGCAGGACAAAUACCAAAUGGAAGGGUCGGGACAUUGUACCAGGCAUGCUGCCUACGUGGCCCAUCCCGAAGCCGAAGCCUACUCCAAGCACCUGCUCACCCUCCUAGCGCAGCGCCGCGAGCUGCAGACUGAAGAUGUCAAACGCAUCCUGGGCGAUGCCCUCGCUGCCUCCGCAUCAGCCCCGGGCUCCGGCAGCAGCGGCAGCGGCAGCGGCGCCCCUGCCCAUGCAACCCAGCAGCACCCGCAGCAGCCGCUGCCUGCCUCGUUGUUCAGUGGCAACGCCACCGCGGCCACGAUUGAGCGGGAGCGGCGGGAGCUGCAGUGGGAGCUGAGUUUGGGGCUGGAGUGGCGGCAGCAGCCCUCCAUGGCGGAGGCAUGCAGGGCGGCGGUGGAGGCGGCUGGGCGGCCGCUGGCGGGCCUGCACGAGCUGACGGCGCUCACGUGGCACUUCAAAGCGCGCCAGGCGGAGCUGGUGGUGGAGCAGCGGCAGCUGAUGCGGCACGUGGUGGCGCUGAGGCGGCAGCACCUGGCGCAUGUGGUGGGGCAGGCGGGACUGCCGGCGGGCGUGACUCGUCUGCCGCCCUGGCCCCACCAGCUGGACCACGCGGGCACUGCCUGGCAGCCGGGCAUCCGGGCCUGCAGCUGCGAGGGGGAGCUGGCGCUGGCGGCGCAGUGCAUGCAGGCCCUGCAGCUGGCCGAGGCCGACGCCGCCGCCCGCCUGGCCCGCCUGACCUCCCUGCGCGCCCCCGACGACAGCGACUGGUGGGCGGCGCUGCACUGGGCCGCCUCGCGCCUGCCGCCCGGCCGCCCCGCGGAGCGCUUCUUCGACCGGCUGAGGCUGCUGCCGCUCAGCCACCACCACCGCUUCCCCAUCUACGAGCAGGUGUCGGGUGCUGCGCUGCGCCGCGACCAGCAGGCCGCGGGCUCGGGACUGCGUGUGCCGCCGCGGGUGGUGGCCAGCAACGAGGAGUCGCUGCAGCAGCUGGAUGCGCUGUUCGAGCAGCUGGGGGUGGGGGAGCUGCUGGAGCAGGUGUCCAGCGACCUGAGCGACACCUUCCCCAUGACGGCGGCGGAGGCGGACGCGCCCUCGGUACGCCAUCACCGGGCGGCUUACCAGGCGCGCAGGAUGCUGCCCAGGCUCCUGGCCCGGCACCGCCUCCGCUGGCCGGGCUCCAGCCUGCCCGGCUCCACACAACCGCCAUCACAACUACCACCUCAACCAUCUCAGCAAUCUCCUCAACCUAGCUCGCAAUCCCCUUACCACCACCAGCAGCAGCAGCAGCAACCGCAACUGCAGCCCCUGCCAACAGACCAAUCCCAAGCCGACGCGCCGCCCCUCCAACCACCCGACGCCGCCGCCUCCAUCGCCGGCGCCACCUACGCCACCUCCUCCGCCGCCGCCUCCGCCUCGCCCCUAGCCGGCCUAGCUGCCGAGCCACCCGACCCCUACGCCGAGGACGACCCCGCCUGCUCCGCGCCGGAGCACCAGGUGCAUGUCGUACGGGUGAUGGACGAGCACCUGGCGGCGCUGGUGCCCUCGCCGGAGGGGGACGAGUCGGCGGGCUAUGUGGCGGUGCUGCGGACACUGCCUCUGCAGAUCGACGAGGUGCUGCAGGCCGAGAACGCCUUCAUCGACCAGUGCGAGGACCAAACCGUGUACGACAGACUCAAAUGCCUGGCCGAGCAGCACGUGGACAGGUGGUCUCCCUCGUCGUCAUCAGCUUCGUCAUCGUCGUCGUCGCAGGCUGCUGCAGGGGCGGCGGCGGAGGAGGCGGCGGGCAGCCGUAUCGCUGCGGCGGCUCGCAUCAACAGCACCCCGCGUGCCGUCAGCGCCCCCCGGCUGCAGGACAAGACCAUGGAGGCGCUGUACAUUGCCCGCUUCCUGGCCACCAAGAGGAAUAAGAUCAAGGUCCUGCACUACCUCAACGCCAUCGUGUCCCUGCAGCUGCAGCUCCUGCGCGACGAGCGAGACGAGGAGCCCCUCGCACAGCCCUUCCCCACCACCGCAACCAAAGACUUUACGUGCCCCUUCGCCUAUGCAGCCGCAACAGCGCACACCGUCGCGGGGGCGGCGGCGACGGCGGCGGCCGCCGCCGCUGCGGCCACCGCCGCCGCGGAGGCGGAUUUUGACAGCUGGACGGACGAUCCAGAGGCGGGGGUUGCCGUACGGGCGCCUGAUGGGAGGUGGAUCUUGUACGGCGCGGCUUUGGAUCGGUUUCGUGAGCUUGAAACGGAGCUGCUGCGUGUGGCUACGUAUCACUUGGAGGCGUAUGCUGCGCAGGUGGAUGCUGCAGGGGGGGCCGGCGGGGCUGGAUUGUCCAGGGCAGCAGGAAGUACGGAUGCAGCAUCUGGCGCUCGCGCUGCCGCGGCAGCAGCGGCGGCGGCGGCUGCCGCCGCCGGCGACGCGCUGCUUGCGGUUGACCGUUUGUCGGUUGUGGCGGAUAUGUGGGAGUGUGAGGCGCAGUACUGCGCGGCUCGACAUAAGGCCCUGUUAGCUUACUACCAGGCCUACCGCCACGCAACGUGCUGGGGCCUGCCGGACAUGUGGGGCGGUGUUAGCGCGGACCUGCAGCCCUUCGGCUCCCCAGCCGCCACCGCCUCAGGCGGCAGCAUCGGUAGCAGCGUGGGUGGUGCCGGCAACGGCAGCGGCGGCGGUGAUGGCUUCGCGGCCUGGCAGAAGGCCGCUGCCAACUCGCCCCAGCCUCAGCUGCUGGGAGCCAGGCGGCAGCUCCGGCGGGAGAUGGUUGAUCUGACGUUCAGGCGUCCCAACCUGGCCCAGGAGGACGGCUACUUUGCUGCUCGCUACCACACCGAGACGCUUUCCCUGGAGCUGGAGGCCAGCCUGGUGUCGCAGCUGUGCGGGCUGGCGGCUCGGGCGGAGCGGCAGACACUGGCGGGGCUGCAUGCGGCGGCGGGCAGUGCGGCGAGUGCGGCGGCGCUGCUGGCAGGGAGAGGGGGAGGAGGAGGAGGGAGAGCUGGAGGAGGAGGAGGAGGAGGAGGGGAGAGCGGGGUGGUGGAGGCGCUUUGGAAGCCGGGGUAUAACCCGGGUGUGGUGUACGGCGGGGUGCUCAUGUCCGGCCCUCGCGGCCUGCUGCAGGAGGGCGCCUGCCUGGCUGCCUGCGGUGCCGCCGCCGCUGCGCUGCCCGGCUGCCUGCGCGCCGCCUGCAGCGCCCUGGCCUCCGCGCACCAGCUGCGACACCACGUGGAGGCGGCGGACCUGCGGCGGGCGGUGCUGGGGGCGGCGGUGGCGGAGCUGGGGGUGCUGGCCAGGGAGGAGGCGCACCGCGCCCGCGCCCCCCUGGAGCGGCAGCCCAAGGACUCCAUGUACGACACCUCCCGCGGCCGCAAGGACCUGGCGCCCGAUGCGGCGCUGCUGCGGGGCAACUGGCUGCUGGCGUCGCAUGUAGGGGACAACGCGGAGGUGCUGCGGGCGACUGCGCAGGAGGUGGGCGCGGGCGCCAGGAGCGCGCUGGAGGUCUUCCUGAACAAGGAGUCGCUCAUCCGCAACCUGUAUCGCGGGGAGGUGCUGUGGCUGGUGUACGUGGUGCAGGCGCGGGCGCUGGGGAGGAAGGUGGCGCACAGCGAGUUGUCGGGUAUCGACUGGGGCCAGAUAGACGGCUCGGGCAACUCGCUCAAGGCGGAGAUGCUGCAUGAAUUUGUAAAGGCGGUGGAGCCGGAGGACGCAGCGCCGCCGGGAGCUAGCGGCCCGGGAGGGGGCAGGGAGGCGGAGGGGGUCCGGGAAGCGGG